AGAAUAUAGAUAUGAUAUUAAAGAUUAUUAUAUAGGGUGAAAUGAUAAAAAUAUGUAUUGUGAAAGAUCAUUUCAUCAAGUAGGUCAUUUAUUGAAAUGACUGUAAUAAAUGCUAUUGCUCUCAUAAUUUUUGUGUGGCGUGUCAUAGACAUAUUUAGGUUCGAGACUAUUUGACAAGUCACAAAAUUUAAAAAUGCAGAAUGGCUUAGAUGAUUCUCUAUUGUUUCCUAGUCGUCUACUAGAGGAAUUAGAUUGGUCACAAUGUUCAGCUCAAUUCAAACCUGCAAUCUCAGCUACUGCCCCUGGAGACAAUCUAAUUCUAAGACCUCUCCAAGCAUCAGAUUAUGACACAGGAUUCCUCCAGAUUCUUGGUCAGCUAACCUCAGUGGGAGAUGUGUCCAGGGAGAUGUUCCAGUCCAGGUUUGACAGCAUGAAGGCCUGUAAAGAUACUUACUAUAUCUUGGUUCUAGAAGAUAUAUGCACUAGUCAGGUCAUUGGGGCUGCAUCCCUUAUUGUAGAGCAGAAGUUUAUACACAGUGCAGCUAUGAGGGGUCGGGUAGAAGAUGUGGUCGUCAGUAAGGACUACAGAGGGAAACAACUUGGAAAACUGCUUGUUCAGACAUUAACACUGCUAGCCAAACAUGUUGGCUGUUACAAAGUGACUCUAGAGUGCAGUGAUGACAAUAUCAAAUUCUACAAUAAUUUUGGAUACGAAAAAAGUGCAGAGAACUAUAUGGUGGCAAGGUUCAAAGAUUAGGAUAACCCCUCUUAUAUUGCUCAGAAUGCAGGAAUUCAAUCAUGUUUAUCAGGAUUUUAAUUUUUUGAGAUCUCUAGUACAUUCAGGGGAUUCAAUAGAAGGCAAAACUAACAGAGCUAAAGAUAUAUUAUAUUUGAGGUUCA